AUGGCAAUGAUUUAUGUUUGUCGUUCUGAACUUGAAGUGGACAAUGGUAAUGAUUUAUGCUUGUUGACAGACCUAACCUACUAUAUUAUAUCCGAUUAUAGUAUUAUUGAAAAUAUUAAUGCUGGUAGUGACAUAGUUAAUGGUACGACUACUGAAUACAUUCAUUUGGAGCCAAAUGUAAGUGUUUAUCACGAAAAUGAGGGCCCUGAAUUUUUAAUGUCUAAUACAAAUGGUAAUGACAAAUGUGAACAUAUAUUGGAUGUCUUGAUACAUUGUCUUGACAAUCAAAUGUUAAACAAUGAAGGGCUUAGGCCUGAGAUAGUCACUAAUAGUAAGGGUGAUUUCAAAAUUUAUAAUUAUUCAAGGCUGGUUGUGAGUGAAAAGCAUGCUGAUUUUUUAGCCAAAGGUUUCACCUUCGUUCCAUGUAGGGUGGGUAAUUUGGUGGAAUCUAUUAUUGACUUAAAGAGAUACACUAGGAAGUUAAAUUUAAAAGUAUGGUUUAACCAGGAGGCUGCAGUUGAAAAUCAAACCAGGAAUAUUUGUAAAAAAGCUAGUACUUUUAACCCUCCAUUGAACGAAACUGUCGAACUAUUUGAAAGAAUAUGUGAAAAGGCAAUUAGAAAAUGUUAUAUUUACACUGAUAAGUUUGAUUAUUCUAAUUUGACUGGGGAGGAAAGGCAGCUUAUGCUUGAAUUGAUUAAAGAUCCCACGGUCAGAUUUAUGAAACCAGACAAGGGCAAUGGAGUGGUAGUUAUGGAUAAGAGACAAUAUUUAGAUGGCAUGAAUAACAUUCUACUUGAUGAAGCCUAUGAGGAAAGUUCCCUAAAUGAGAUUAGGGUGGCAUAUAAAAAGAUAGACUUGGCACUUGAAGAUAUGAUUUACCAGGCCCAAAUUGAUGUAGAUGAGUAUCACUUUUUGAGGAAUGAAUAUUCUAGCCCCUUUAUAGGUUCCAAAGAAGUAUAUCCAAACCUCUCUUUUGAGAAUGGGACUACAGCCAAUUCGAUUGAACUGGAGAGAUACACUACUCACCACUGUCACAGAAAGUCAACAAUCAUUGACGAAAACAGAGAGAAGCUGCAUGCCAGGAAGAAACUUUACGUUGCUUCCUUUGUGUGUUUAUUGUUCAUGAUUGGAGAGGUUGUAGGUGGCUACUUGGCUCAUAGCCUUGCCAUUAUGACUGAUGCCGCCCAUCUGCUAACCGACUUUGGCAGCAUGCUUGUGAGCUUAUUCUCCUUGUGGAUCUCCUCACGUCCAGCCACCAAAACCAUGAGCUUUGGUUGGCACAGAUCAGAGAUUCUGGGUGCCCUAGCAUCAGUUCUGUCGAUAUGGAUAGUGACCGGAGUGCUGGUGUACCUCGCCAUCAUGAGGAUUGUCAACAAUGACUUUGAGAUUGAAGGUCAUGUGAUGCUAAUUACAUCCGGAUGUGCUGUCUUUGUAAAUAUCAUAAUGGCAUACAUAUUGCACCAGUCCACUACAUUCCAUAGCCACAGUCAUCGGCCUGGCUAUCAGAAGAUCGAAGAAGGCUCUGAAGACAGCCCAGGAGAGAAUGGACCAUCUCUGCAACACAGCAACACGAGUGUGAGAGCUGCUUUUAUCCAUGUGAUUGGUGACCUGUUGCAAAGUAUUGGAGUGUUAGUUGCGGCUAUUAUCAUUUAUUUUAAGCCUGAAUGUAAAAUAGCAGAUCCUAUCUGUACCUUUCUUUUCUCAAUUUUUGUUCUUGGAACAACCUUCACAAUCCUACGGGAUGUCUUCCAAGUCCUCAUGGAAGGUGUGCCAAAGGGAAUAGAAUUUAACUCUGUGAAAGAGGUCCUUCUAUCUAUCAAAGGAGUGAAGGCAGUACACAGCCUACAUCUUUGGGCCCUGACAGUUAGCAAAAUGUUGCUUUCAGUUCAUAUUGCAAUUGGUGAGAACGCUGAUGCCCAGAAAGUGCUAAAGGAGGCCACUGCUGCAUUACAAGACAAGUUUGGCUUCUGUACGACAACCAUUCAGGUGGAAAUCUAUGAGGAAGACAUGGCCCACUGCAUCCAAUGUCAAGAUCCAAAGGACUGA